AUGAAGUUCACCAACGCCAUCGUCCCUCUCCUCGCCUCAUGGGCAGCGGCGCAGCAUGUCGAAAUCCAAAUCGGCGACUCAGCUGCCCUGAGUAUCACCCGUCAGAUCUCCGAGGCCGAAAAGAACGGCGAGCAUGAACGCGCCGCCGAGCUCCGAACUCUCAUGAACAUGGCCUCCCCUCCUAAAGAGCGAGUUGAAUGGAAGACCGAAUGUAGCGUCAGCUCCAACUUCGAAGCAGAGAUCUAUGCCGUUCCCAGUCCAUCCGACGCCCCCAAAGAAAUCGCCUGGGCAAUGGAUUACCUCGACAUGUACUGGAGGACCGAUGCGGGUGGUGACCUUCCUUACCCCGGUGACUUCGACCAGUUCAUGCAUCCUGAUGGCUUUCGGGUUAUCCGUGUCGAUUAUAAGGAUUUACCUUGGGCUGUGCGCAAGUAUCGUGAAGAGCUUCUCGCACAGGGUACGAAGAUGGAACGCAAAUUUAUUGCCGAGAAGGACGGUGUUGCAUUCUUUGCUCCUGGUGUUGUUACGUGGUUGGCGCCACUGUUUGCGGGAGCUGAUGUCAAGCCUGGCAAGAAUGCUUGCGAGGAUGAAAUUGUCAACUUUAACAACUGGUACCCCGGGCCUGGUCCAUCUGACGAUACCAAGUUCUCUUUCAACUUUGGUGGUAGGAUGCAGGUUGGUAACUCGAUCGCGAUUCAAGUCAAUGCUCGAAAGCUUGUCAACGAAGGCCCUGAAAAGAAGAUGGAGAAGAAGGUUAAGCAGGUUGUUGAGGAAGCCGUUGAGGUCGAGGACGAGCCUAGUGACCUAUAA